AUGGAAGCUGCCCUAUCCAGGUGCCUGUUUCUAUUAUUUCUCAUCACGUGUGAGCUGUCCCCAGAUAUUGCUGCAGAGAUUCAGGAUUCCUCAGAUGGUCCUGGUGUUUCCCAGGAACCCGUGUGGCUCACAGAUGUCCCAGCUGCCAUGGAAUUCAUUGCUGCCGCCGAGGUGGCUGUCAUAGGCUUCUUCCAGGAUGUAGAGAUACCCAUGGCGUCCGUAUUCCAUAGUAUGGUGCAAAAAUUCCAGGACGUGGCAUUUGGAAUCAGCAGUGAUCCUGAGGUUUGGGCCCACUACAACAUCACUGGGAACACCAUUUCUCUCUUCCGUCUGGUGGAUAACGAACAACUGGAUUUUGAGAGUGAAGCCCCUGAAAGCAUUGAUGCCACCAAAUUAAGCCGUUUCAUUGAGAUCAACAGUCUCCGCUUGGUGACAGAGUACAAUCCUGUGACUGUGAUUGGCUUAUUUAACAGCAUGAUUCAGAUUCAUCUUCUCCUGAUAAUGAACAAGGCCUCCCUGGAGUAUGAAGAAAGCAUGCUCAGGUACCAGGAGGCAGCUAAGCUCUUCCAGGGGAAGAUUCUCUUUAUUCUGGUGGACAGUGGCGUGAAGGAAAAUGGGAAGGUGAUAUCGUUUUUCAAACUAAAGGAGUCUCAACUGCCCGCUUUAGCAAUUUACCAGGCUGUUGAUGACGAGUGGGACACACUGCCCACGGCAGAAGUUUCAGUAGAGCGCGUGCAAAACUUCUGUGAUGGAUUCUUAGAAGGGAAAUGGCCGAGAGAAAAUCAUGAAUCAGAAGAAAAGACUCCAAAAGUGGAACUCUGA